ACGUCUUAACUCUACCCAUUUAUCCAUUGCCACCCCCCAGUCAACCCCGUAAGGAUUAUUUAUUUUAUCUGGGGUAUUGGAUCAUACUGUUUGUGCAGGAUUCUUAUUUUGUGCGACUUUUGUCCGCUCGGAUUCUGAAGGCAUCAGAGAGUGACACAGAUUUGUUUGCAAAUUCGCCACCAAGAAAAGAGCCUGUCUUACCAACCAAACCUGCCCCCCUCACCAAUGGUCUCCCAAACGAUUCCAGCCACUCUGAAUCCCCGUUGCCAAUCCCCGGUCCGCAGCUGGGCACCUCUCCUUCGAUUCCUCUCUCCUUAGUAGGUGAGCGUAUACCCAGUGGAGGUGAUAGAGGAUUGGGUGGUGGCGGAGGCGCUACUGGUCGUAGUGGUCCCUGUAGUGGUACUCUAGGAGGUCCUCUGGGAGGCCCAUUGGGAGGACCUGUUGGAGGUAUCGUUGGAGCUUCCUUAGGAGGUCCGGGUAGUCGAGACGGACGUGAGAUCAGGAAAGAAGAACCGUGUCUUCUUCAUCCGAGAGAGAAAGAUCCAAACUACGCCAGGGUUCCCAGCUGGUCAAGUAACCCAAGCCAAGCUCGAGGAAGUCCCCAAACCCGAAUCCACCCUUCCCAACACCCCACGAGUGUCCCCCCUAACUACCCCAACCACCCUGCCCCCCAGAAGGGGCACCAUCUUCCCCCUUACUCCCACCACGUACCCAAUGCUCCCAACCCCAUCGGCCCCCCUCCCCAGACAGCGCGUAAUAUGUACCCAGGUCCUACGUUGCCCCCACCCCCACCACUGACGUCCAACAACGCCUUGCCAAACCAGAUUGGAUCACCUGCUGUAAAUACACAGCCAGGUCAGCAAACUCCUUUACCCUCAUCGGUUCAUCCACGGUCUGAGUCUGGUGUGAACUACAAUCCUGCAAAUCAACAACGUGAAAUCCUUCAGCAGGAGCUGAACAACCGUUUCUUGGCUUCCAAUGACCAAAGGAUGAAUGUUGGCCCGCCGCCGUACAUGCGCCAAGAGACACACAUGCACCAGCACCAACACAUGCAUCAGCAUCAGCACACACACCAGCAUUCCUUCUUGCCACCCACAGGGGGCGCUUUGGUACCCACGCCUGCACCGCCUAUGGAAAACAGAAAUCGCUUUGAAAUCGGAGGAGACGUCCAUAAAACAAAAUAUGCCGAGGACAGGAUUGUAAAAUCUUCAGAGACAGACCAUCUUAGAAAAAAGCUCGGUAUUGGGUAUCCACCCGGUAUGGCUCCUAUCCUUCCACCAACCAGUAUGGCAAGCAGCUUUGGUUCUGGAGCCUUCCAACCAAAGGUAAAGGUACCUCCACCACCAGACAGUCGCUCUGUCUUAGAGGGUGCGUUACACUUCAAAGGAGGGGCAGACAGGCCGCCCGGUUUGCCCUUGUCAAGAUUAUCGAUGAUGAAACCGGGCAAAUGGUGUGCAGCUCAUGUCAAUGUAGCCUGGUUGAUAUAUCACCAACAGCAGAAGGCCAAGGCAGAUGCACAGAAAGACCAACUUGGUAAAGCUGAUUUAUUCGGGGCCAGACUCCCUAGCCAUCAUCUCUUCUCACCGCAUCGACCGCCUGACAUCCAGAUGCAACCCGGCCUCUUCCCUCACGGAGCCCCAGGUGCCCCUCAUACCCCACUCGGUACAACUCCUCAUCAUGGCUCAUUCCUCAACUCAUCGCCGGGUCAGUUUGGACUGCCUCCCAUAGCCAGACCAGGAGGUUAUGGACCCUCCUUUGGCUUUCCACUGGGCACCCCAGUAACCCCAGGUUCAGGUGCAGCACAUUUAAACAGCAUGUUCAACGGUCGAGAUAUGCUGACCGUCCCUCCAAGUCUUGUCAGUCCUCAUCAUCCUCAGUGGAAUCGGCUUCAUCGUACCCCACCAGGGUUCACCAACGCACCCCCACCGGGCUGGGGUAAACCCGAUGCCGAACGGCUCAAGGAAGGGUUUCAUAUGGACUUUGAAAGAGCCAAGGAAGAGGAGAGGAAUCGGGAGAGAGAGAGGGAACGAGAACGGGAGCGCGAAAGGGAACGAGAACGGGAAAGGGAAAGAGAAAGAGAUAAAGAAAGAGAAAGGGAACGAAGAGAAAGUGAAACCAGACCAGGCAAGGAGAGAAUCUCACCAUUGACCCACAGCUGGCCCAACGAUUCCGAACACCGCCGCGAUGAACGAGACUCAAACAGAACUGUCCAGAAUCAUGACAGAGGGCCAUCACGGGACGGAGAUCACCACCACAGGGAUCAUGAACCACGUCCAAUCCCCGGAGAGCACGGCAGAAGUCGUGAGUUCUCAUCCCGCUCCCCAAUCAGGGACUCACACUACCGACCAGCCAAUGACAAUAUGCAUGCCAGUAAGUCGGAGAGUGCUUUCAAUAAUGUGCAUGGGUUGUUACCCAGCAAAGAGGAGCGGAAAGAAGUAGCUCCACCAGAGAAGGAGCGACCUGUACAUAACUCACAUCCCUUGCAUCCUGCAAUGAGCAUGGCACCUGGGAUGUCUUUAUUUGAACGGAGUCGUAUGGCGGCAGCCGCUGCAGCCCAGCUAGGACCUCCAAUGCACCCAUUGGAGAGGCCGCCUGGCCCGGUUGGGAUCCACUGGGAUCAUUUUGGAAGAGGCUUAGAGCAGACUCUUCAGUUGCAGCGAGAGCAAGGUAUGAUAAGACCUGACUUGAGGGAGUAUGAAAGAGAUCGCAUAAUGCGGUCAACUCUUCAACCCAUGGGCCCACUCAUGGACCAUGAACGAUUCCGCGAUCGAGAGCCUCAUGAUUUCACACGUGAUAAUCCCUUAGGAUUAGAUCCACUCCGUAGACUGGAGCAAGAGCGUAUACAGCACUACAUGGAGGAACGAGAUCGUAUGCUUCGUGACGAAGCGGACCGUGCACGCUUACUUGGUGUAGACCCAGCUCUCUGCUUACAAGGAAGACCUAUGGGUUUAAUGCCACCGGUAUCCACUGGACUCAGUUUGUUUCGGAAUAGUAUGAUGUACCCAAACAAUGUGCAUAGGAACGGUUCCCCGUCUACCGCACCGCAACCCCCUCCUCUUAUCCCAUCUACGAGUAUUGGGUUAAACCCUGCUGGUCCCAGGAGUCGGACUUCCUCCCCUAGCCUGGCUUUACCUCCCAGUGUGAGGAACUCUUCACCGGCCGAACCAUCACAAAAAGACAAACAUUCUGAGAAGGAUUCUCAUUCAAGAUAGACAUCAACUAUCUUGGCUUUGGCUGUUGUCUUAUUUAGGACUGAGACUUAUUUGUUUUGAAUGAGGUUAUUUAAAAUGCUGAAAGGAGGACUUUUUGGGGAAAGCCGUUUUGUUUUUUCCUUGGAUACUGUGUGCUUUGACAUGAAGAUGUGGUUGUAGUGAAUGUCAAAUGACAUGAGUUGUCUACAACAACACUGUCUGAAAUACCUACUUAAUAGCACUGGUAGCAGUUUGCAGCUACCCUCAACUUGAUUGCAACCAGAUUUUAAACCUUUAACAACAUUGAUGAACAAUGGUCUGGCCUACAUUCUGUAGAAGGUUCGAUUCCUCAGGACAGUAACGAGUACACUUUAAAAAAGGGUUGUUUUUUCAUUCAAAAGUUAUUUAAUUUAUAUGAACCUGUAAAACCUUUACCAAAAGUUGGUAAAACUUUUACAAAAGCUUAAAAUACAAAGGAACUUCCAUCGAAUUCCAUUUAAGACACAAAAGGUGGAAAAAUUUUUAUAUUUUAAUUCUGUACCUCUAGGCUUGUUCUUGUGAUGAAUUGCAAGUAAUCAUUGAAAGUUUAUAAGAAAAAUUAAAUCAUAUUCAAGCAGAUUCUAUCUUGAAGUUGAUUUCUUGUUAUCCUUUAAAAUGGAUAAUCAAAGAUAUGGACUUGAGAGAUUUUAGCCAAGUAAACUUUGGAAACCUUAUUAGCAUAUGAUCAUAUGGCUGCAUUUCAUGGUUGUAGACAUCUGGUGUCGCAAUCUUCGUAGCAAUCUUCGUUGCAAACGUUUGUUUCAAAGCACAUUUUACUACUUGGUUUUAUAAUAUUGGUCUAGACAGGUCUAACUAACAAUAGCUCAUAUGCCAAAGGAGUCUUGGUGAAAUCCCGGUCCAAGCAACACUGGUAACUAUCAUAGUGCGCCGAUUUUGAAGCUACAGCUAUGGCUACAGCUAGAUUUCCAUGACAUCAUGCCUUGAAGUAUAGGACAUCCUUAGCAACACCCUUAGCAACAGCCAUAGCCGUAGCCGUAGCCGCCAAUUCAGACACGGCCUUAGUAACAUGGCGUCCAUCUUGACAGCUUGAAGUAUUUUUUAUCUGAAGUCAUUUUCCCAAAACGCAUUGCAGUAUUUUGUUUAUAUGGCGCUUGUUCAUCAGCCUAGCUCAAGUUGAAAAAAACUUCAGCUUUUUUUAUAUUUACCAUACAUCUACUAGUUCAGUGGUGUAAAUGGAAUUCUGGAAUUCUAACAAUAUUAAUACAUGCUCCUUUUAUCAUAUUUUGCAACUUCACUUUGAUGACAGAAUAGACAAAAAAACAUCACUUGAAAUGGAAGUUAGUAUCCAAGAUAAAAAAAAGCCAGCUUGCUAAUGAGCAUUCAAUAUUCAAUCCACUUUGCCGCUCACUGGGUCAUCAAACAAGAUUUCUUCCAGCAAACAGUUUUGACGACUUUGUUUUGCAAAAACAAACAAACAAAAAGGUUUUUAUAAAUACAGUUGAACAUUAAUUUUGUAAUUUUUAUGUGAUAUAUAUAUGGAGAAGCUUAAACAACCUUUUUCAGCCUAAUUUGUUGAGGUUUUUUUUCCUGAAUAAUUUGUAAUAAUUUUGGAACUACAUGUAUAUGUAAAGGUUUAUUCCAUGUACAUUUUUGAAUCUGUAGAUCAUGUCCAGUAUGGUCCCUCGCAAAUGUCAAGAUGUUUAAAUGUUUUUUUUUUCCCUUUUAAUUUUGCUCUUUGGGUUGCAGUUGGUCUUGCAGUCAAAUUCUUGCCCACUUCCUCUGUGGAUUUGGUUUGAAAGUUCAAGAAAAGUCAGAGUUUUAUUUCUAACUGGGUUAAUUAUUUCCCGUAGGAAAAAUAAAUCAUAAUUAUUUGUAGCUCCAAUGGGAGUUUUUUUAAUGCUAGGUGGCAACAGAGUUGAGUCUUUCUAUGCUCACAUUUUCAAUAGCCAUGGAAUUACCUAGUAAGUCUGCUGCCACCAAGUGUCUGUAAAAGUAUCCCAUUCUGAUCACCAUUUGAUAUGAGGCUUAGAUCUUGUCGAUCUGCUAUCAAACUUAAGUAGGUUUACAAUUCCAAGCAUCAUUUAUGACACGGCUUAUUAGCAGGUAAUCUGUGGUGCUCUGCGCUAAGCACUAAUCUUUUGUAAAGUAGUGAUAUUGAUCCAAAUCACCUGAUGUAAUCAGAACAAUCAUUUUUUUUGUGCCAUUUUUGGAGUCAAUGUCCUUGCGUACUAAUGUUGUGAGCAUUUUCGCAGUACAGCAUUUAAACGCUUACCAUUGACUCCCAAAAUGGCUAGAGUGG